GCUGAGAAGAGACCAUAGCAGCAGCUUGGCAUCUCUUCCAUCUCCAGCAAAAAGAGGCUUCAUACCAUUCCAAGCAUGGCCUGCCACCUGAGAUCCACGAGCUUGCCCUCAAGCCCUCGCACCAGCAGAACCAAUGUCGAGGAACAGAUCCAGAGCCUGACAGCAGUCGUCUCUUCUCCCUCUGCGACCAUCAAAACCAUAGUUGAUGGUCUGUCCAAGCUCGGGAGCAUCUUCAGCUGCAUCGAUGAGUUAAUUUGCUUUCCCAGCAGCCAGAGGAAGGCAGUGGAGGAGGAGCUCGAGUGCUCUCUCAUCUUGCUUGACCUCUGCAAUAUCACGCAAGAGAGCUUUGCAGAGCUUAGGACGAGCGUCCAAGAGAUGCAGUUGGCUCUCAAGAGAGGAGACAAUGUGGCUGUUCAGGCCAGGGCUCAGUCUUAUGCCGGUUCGGUCAAGAAGAUGCAGAAGCAGUUCAAGAAGAUGAACAGCAAGGUUGUUCUUGGCACCGAUUGCUGCAGGGUCAUCAAGCUAUUGUCUGAAGCAAGAGAAAUCGCUCUAUCAAUGAUGGAAUCGACAUUGCACCUCCUGUCAAAGGAGAUCGUGAUGCCGAGUGCUAGCAAGUGGUCUCUUGUCUCCAAGGCAUUCCAAAAGAAGAGAGUCGCAUGCAAGGAGGAGCAAUUGCAGGUCCUGGAGUUGGAGAUUGUUGAUCUUGAGAGCGAACUCCAGAUUGUGUUCAGAAGACUGAUCCAAUGCAGGGUCUCGCUUCUCAACACUCUUAGCCUGUAGAAAGAUCAAACAACAUCCAACUCAGAUUCCAGUGAUUAGCAUCCGCCUUUUAGAGGAUUGGCUGAUCAUCGAAACAAUUUUGAUGUAUAUAUGACACAAAGUGUACAGAGAAAUAGUCAAUGAAAGAGCGAAGUUUCGAUCCA